UCGGGUUAUAGACACGUGGCAAAAACCCACAUGAUUUCAGACAUAUUGAGAGUUACACUCCUACUUUCACGCACUGUCUCUUCAAUUCUCUCUGAGACUCAAAAGACCAACGGUACACGGAAUGCCAAACAAACCUAACUAAAAACCAAACCAAACAAAAAGGAUUCUUAGAAAAAAUUUUAAAAAAAUAAAUAAAAAAUCUAAGUCUAAUAAAAAAAAUUCUUUUUUUUCACCCCAUGACCAAGACAAACCUUCAUUCUUACCUUAAACAACAAAAACAACAACAACGUGCAUAGCUUCACCUCUCCAGCUCUCUGUUGCCUCAGGGCUAUAAAUCUUACUGCAACUGUUCAAUUUAUCAUGAGUUUCUUCUCGUGAUGAAAGUGUAAUGUUUGAGCACGGUCCUAUUCAAUAAUUUAUGCCUUCUGCAACCCAGGACUGCUUAUGACAUUCUUGGGGAAUUGCAUAUUGACCGUGUUUUCAUACUUGGUUUUCAAGCUAAAUGCCCCUUCCCAACUUCUGUUAUGAAUUCAAUGUCGGAUCAAUUCGUAAAACAAUGUGGAAGAAUCAAUAGUGGAAGAUUUUCAAGUAGUUCAGAUGUUUUUGAACCAACAAUAACCUUGAAUGAAGACAUUGAGGCAAAGCAACAAAUAAUAUUGAUAGAGUGGAUAAAUAGUAUCCUCCCUAAUUUGGAUCUGCCAUUAAAAGCUUCAUCUGAGCAAUUCAGAGCAUUCUUGAUUGAUGGCAUUGUUCUACUUCAAAUUAUAAACAAGCUUAUUCCUGGUUCUGCAAAUGAGGGAGGUGGCUCUGAUCACUUGGAAAAUGUUAAAAAGUUUCUGGCUAUUAUGGAUGAAUUAGGAAUCCCCCGAUUUGAAAUAUCAGACCUAGAGAAGGGACCUCUGAAGGCUAGGCAUCAACUGCAUUGA